AUGUACACUGCGUCUUUUACAUUGACUAACAUAUCUACUGAGAUAGGAAGAAUUGAAGGGUCUCUUUCGGAUCAGAUUUUGUGCUUCAAUAGACCGGUUCUUCCGCGUGGUUCUGGCUACUUCUAUGACCUUCUUCGAGUCGAUCCUAGCGAUACAAUUGGUACUCAAAUACUGAUAAUAAACCCUAUCAGCCAAACUUAUGGAACUAUGUACACUAAGCCGUUAUCAUUUCGUCUUCUCUUUGAAGCACGUUUAUUGGGAACCGUGACGAAUUCUUUCCUGCGCAUAUGGCUUCCUGUGCCGCCUUCCGGCUUCACAGCGCUCGGACUUUGCGUCUCAAUUACCGAGCACCCCCCAGACAACUUUUACUGCAUACGGUCUGAGUUUGCGGCUCAACCACAAGAAGAUGACAUCAACUCCUUCUCGUAUCUUAUACUUCGCUCUCCGAUAACUCCAAAUUUCAGCCUAAUUCGCUCUCAUUACUUCAGCUUCAGCGUGAACAACUAUCUUCCAGUUCUUCAUCCUAUGUUCCUCCUUUCGCUCCAAAGACAGGCUGUUGUAAGAGACAUCCCAGUGAUUUCGCGACUAUUUGACUACAUUCCGAGACCAAAGAGCCGCCGGGUGGACCCUGCGGUAGAUAGGCAUGUCCUACUUAGGCUUACGUUGUACAAAGUCAUAAGUGACACUGAUUCCAAGUCCACUCGCUCUAUCGCAACUCCUAAGAUAGGUUCGUCCCGAUCCAUCCGCCUUUCCUCGGCUAGUAUGGCCGGUGGUAUGAAUAUGAGCCGCUUUUCCAAAUCUGGCCUUACAAGCCGCUUCAUUGAUGACCUUCCAGAGAUAGAUGAUGACCUAACAACAGUGUACUUGGUGAAGCCCGCACGAGGCCCACGCUUUGGCGAUAGUGUAGGCACUAAAAACUCCGUGGUCCCACACGACUCUGUCUUGGCAAUGCUCUCCCAAGAGAGUGAUUCCAACCACGCUGAUGCAAGCGCUUCUAUCAUCACUCCUGAGCUCGUUCACGAGAUCUUUGUGCCUUGCAUAGGAUUUAACUUGGUAGCCGUUAUGCCCAGUAGCUUUGCUCCUCCAGAGAAGAAUAGCAGCAAAGGAGCUCUUAAUGAUCGUGAGUCAUCCAUCUCAUAUGCAUCGGAAAGCACCACUCUGGAUGAUGCCAGGGCUGCGGCACACAGGGCAGCAAGGGAGCCUCAGCAAGUGACAUACACAUAUCUGUAUGCGCCAGUUGCACCGGCUGGGUACACUGCCGUGUCUGUUGUCCUUGGAGAUGAGAUGGGGGAGCCUCCAAAUCCAGCCAGCGUAUUGACGGUGAACAACAAGUACAUAACAUACACAGAUGCUUGCUCUAUCAUCGGAGAGCUUUACGAUAGAGACUCAGCUGAAUAUUGUUACCGUUUUCUUAAGACCCAGAGCAAAAUGCUUGAAGAGCGCAGAAAAGCAGCAACCUUAUGCUUUGCUGAUAAUAGGACUGAUGUUACUACAGCGGAUAGGUUCACACGACCGAUACUAACAGAUGUUCCGUUGCCUCCGCCCUCCUAUUCUUCUCAGCUCGGUUUAAGAGUAGAGGCUACAGCGUUGCAUAACGUACCCGAGUCUCCGCUACGCAGCAAUACACAGAUGGCGUUUGGCAACGAGCCAUCUACGACAGCAACAACAACAACAACAACAACAACAACAAGAACUGGGACGGCUUGUACAGAACGUCAGGAUGCCGUAAGAAGCUGUGUCACGGGUGAUAGUAGAUUGGAAAGUCGAUCAGCAGCUCUUUCUGACUUGUCUGAAGUCGCGGAUUUAGAUCAGCUUGUGCGACCAACGGCACGAGCAGUUCAACUGGUGACUCCCCGAGGGUCGCCUUUCAUAUUUGUGAAUGACCCUAAGGUCGACGAGCUAGAGCCCGAUAAAUCCGCUUCUCCGAAAUAUCCCAUCAUAUCACCUGCUAUCCUCAACUUUAUUUUCUCUGCUACCUCGAUAUCCUCCAAAGAUUUUAUGUCAGGAGUUACAAUUGAACAAGAGUAUGUCAAAAUAGCUACUCUAGAUCUUCCAACACACAAGCUUCAAUUUUUAGAACCCAGCCUCAAAAAGCCCUCUUACUCUUGCUUUGGAUCCAUAAUCUAUUGGGAUAAGCAGGCAGUGACCACCGCCCAGCCAUUGAAACCUCCUACGCCCCAACAGCCAACUACAAAGACAAGCAGCAAUCCACGUGCUGGAUCAGCGAAGAAUGUGCAGCACGUGCAAGAACCCGAACCGCAAGCCAUUACUUCACAGGCAAGCAAGGCGGAAUCAAUACCGCCAGUGCUCCCAUUAGAGCUCGGACUGAUUUCAAAGUCGUCCGGUUUCGAUUCAUACAUCUUUUCUGAGCCGGAUGCACUCGUUCCUGUUUGGUCUUCAGAAGAUCUAGAGACGGACACUAAAAUUGUUGUCUACGAAAUGAUUCCUCAGCUGGGCUACGCUGCCUUAGGCUAUGUGGUAUCUCUCAGUGGUGAGAUCCCGUGCAAGUCUCGAUACUGCUGUGUUUCGUUGGCGUUUGUCUCCCGAGCAACCGCGUUUCAUGUUCAUAGUGGGAUACGGCUUCCUCAAGUUGCCAAUUUUGACAAGCAAUACUUGAUUGCUCUGAGACGUCCACAUCCAUUUGCGCCACUAUCUAACAAAGACCACUCUGGCAUGGCAUAUUUCAAUUUGACACGAUUCAGUGACAAUGAUGCACAGAAAGCAAUGAAGGUGUUAGACUUUCCACCCGUUUCAUCGACAGUCUGGAUUAUAAAGGCUCAACUGUUAACAGCUGUGAGCAGUCAACGCCAGCCCAAGAUAGGUGAGCAGAACGAGCAGAAUAACGUGAGUACCUUAGUAGAAGCAUUCAGAGCAAUGCCUCUGUCCUUCGAGUUGACCCUUGAGCUCUUGCAAGACAGCACUGGCCAAAUAAUAGUUGAUGAGAGGUUUGAGUGCGGCUCACCCGGGGUCAAUCGACUUGCAUCGCUUCUGCAAGAGAUAUCAGAGCUUAAGAAACCAGGGCUUCUAUUAACCACAAAAUCCAUCAUAACCACCACAGCGACUAGUGCUGACAACCAAGCCGUGGUAGAAAAUUCAACUAUGAAAGUGCCUAAGGAAAAGCAAGCUUUACAUGGUGAAGUUGAAGGCGCGUCUAAGUUACCCAGGACUACCUCGGGAAAACGACCAGAUGGGCUUCCUCCGUCUUCCGCUUCAGAACCUCCUCCCCCAAGAGAAGGGUCGUUGGAGAACGCUUCUAUGAAGCAGUGCUUGGCAACUCUUGUUGACCCACGGUGGCUCACCUUUGGAACGAGACACGUUUCCACCUCAUUAGAUCUAAUUCCAGUUGUAAGGAACACUUUACCGAAUGCUGUGAGCACAACUAGCAACGGGUCGUUCGCCAGACCGGCAGAAGUUUGCUAUCUGGCCACCGUGCAGAUUGGUACCACCCAGUGUCUUGUCUUUCGACCUGUUCCUUUUCCCAAUUACAUUUCUCUCGGCGAAGUUGUUGUGCCUCUGCAAUUUCUUUCGAUGACCCACACACUGGGCGAUGCCUUUCAAGUGGCACUUACCACCGGCUUCACGUCCAAGCUAUCCCAAGAACAGAACGCGUCCAUGAAGGAACGCCAAACAUCCAUUUCUUUUCUUGAGGCCGUCUUGCAGAGAUGCUUAUUAUGCGUCCACCUAUCUCUUUGUGAGUACGUCACGCUGAAAGCUGUUCGGCCUGCUGAGCUUGACUUGGCCGCCGCACUGUUUUCAGCCCCAAUCGUCGAUAAUUCCAACAUGCAUACUACGCUUUCUGGCGUGUCGUGUGUAACAGAUACGAGCAAGCAGCACAAUGGGCAGACGGUUUCAAGCAUAAAAACUAGUCUCUGCCCCUCUGAUUCUGCCAAAACAUCGACCCUUAACCUUACUACCCUCGGUGAUGCUCCUGCUACAAAGCAAAGGGAUCCUACUCAGCUGUCCCCACAGGGCGCUCCCUUUGUUGGCUUGUCUCAGGAAAAUGUGGAAAAUGUGCGCUUAAAUAGCGGCCGCUUCACUCCUAGCCGAGCAAAGUCGCAUGGCUCUACAAAGGUACACCAACGGCUUGAUUUCCUUGAGCUUUACGACGACAUUGACCUUCCAGAGACAGAGAAUUUGGCUGUUGCACCGCCUCGUCCCAGCACGCGGGGCAAUAAUGCUCUUAUUCUACAGCAGGCGCAAGACCUGCGUUCCUGCUUUGACAUUGGACAUGUUGAGCAGUAUUCUUCGCAGCAGUCGGACAUAAGGCUGGAUCCGUCAUCGGAUCUGUAUGCUGAUUUCGCUGGGCAUGAGAGUCUUCCAGGGCAUCCUGUUUCCACAGGCGUCUUGACCUUAUUAGCUGAUGGCUAUCGAGAAGACGAGGGAAACGGGUGUUGGCUAUACAGUGAUGGUGUGCAUAUCUUUGCUUCUUUGUCUCCGCAGAAAGAGCUGAGCAUACCUCGUCUCAAGGCUUCGUACCUCAACCAGCUGACUCGCAAACUAUUGAUUUCUAAAGGAGAGGAGCUACACUUACUAAAAGCAAAAGAAAAUGACCAAACAAUGAAGGAUCAGACAGAACGCGGUGAGCUGGCAUCUCUUAAGAGCGGGUCAAAGACGUUCUCAACAACCAAGAAACAGGGGCCUGAGCAAACCCCUCUUUGUCAGCUGGAUUGCCUUAUUGACAUCCCUUAUGAUGGUAUCUAUUACUGGAUGGAUCCUCUCCCAGCAUACUCUCUCCUAUGCGCAUGCUUAGCUGCCGAUGGGAAGCCAUCCAAAGAGGUUGGUUUGGAAUUGGAAAUACGGGCCUUUGACGAAGGAGUCCAAAAGGACCUCGUAUCUGCGUGCAUGGUUUCUCUUUCUUCGCUUCACAUGGUAUCGUAUGAACAACCCCUGAGCGCUGAGAAGCUCCUUAGUGCGUGUCCUCCGAUCCAGCAACAGGAUGGAACACGCAAGGGCAAACAGGGUGAGGCCAAGAAGUCCGCUCGGCCAUUAGGCCCAGUUAUCCACAAGAACAUUAUCAUUAACACCCCUGCUUCGCGACUGGAUGGCAUGCCUGAUCCUAUGAAACCGUCUGUGGACGUGGAGGAUCUUGCAGCUAAACAUAGUGCCAAUGCCAAGCUUUUACGGGCACUAUUUGAGAUCUGUGACGCCCUGCAUGCUACAGAGCAAUUCAAGCUAAUGGGCAGAGAGACUAUCUUGUCGUUUAGGUCACCCCAGGGGUACGUGCUCGUAUCAGACAAGGUCCCUGUAAUGAGAACCAAUGAGGUCGCGAAACCAGCCUUUCUUGGAAUUGGAGAAGAUGUAACUCCGGGAUGGUUUUUGAUCUUUGAGAAGGUGCUGGCUCGAUGCGCUGGCUCAUACAUCACUCUACACAAUAUGACCCCUGUGGAAUUAGUUUUGCUCGUAUUCCAGUUUAUCGGAUUUGUUCCUAGUAAGGCAGGGAGCAGCAGGCAUGGUGUUAGAAUCUACUACACCCCGACCGAGGCCUCUCUCGUCAACUUUUCUCCAGAGAGCGUCGAGCUUCUUCUGGAGCAGAAAACAAUUUAG